AUGGGAUAUUGUUACAUGUGGUGGAAGGGCUGGUCCUUUUCUGAUGUUAUGUUUGUGACAAAGCAUAAUAUGGCAAAUGCUGUUGCAACUGUGUCAAAACAGCUGGAGCAUGUAUCUGAAGCAGUUACUUCAACAAAGAGGCAUUUAACAAAGAGGCUGGAAAAUUUGGACUGGAAGCUGGAUGAACAGAAGGAAACAUCUAAGCUUAUUGCAAACGAUGUAAAUGAGGUGAAGUCCAAUCUUAAUCAAAUUGGUUUUGAUAUUGAAUCAAUUCAUCAGAUGGUGUCUGGUUUGGAAGGAAAACUUGAAGUUCUUGAAAGCAAACAGGACAUGACUAUUUCAGGUCUGUCGUAUUUGUGCCAUGUAGCUGGAGACAUUAAGGAUGGAGUAAAUCCAAAACUUAUUCAGGAUAUUGGUGCUAAGCUAAUAGAACAUUCAACUGCUACAUUUGAGGAUAACUCAACGAAGGGGCUUCAGUUCAUUGCUGAAACCAAUGAGUCAAGUGCAACCGAGAAAUUGAUUAUUAGCACCAAGAAAAGUGAUGGUGACGAUUAUCCUGUCAAAAGUGUUUCAACUAUGAAAACAAGAAUUCACAGGUCUUAUCCAGUUGGUAUAUCGUUGACCCGAAAUGCCCUGGGUUCGGAAUUGUAA